AUGGCGACUCAGUUGCCCCAUCUUCCGGAGAUUGAAAGAGUCUCCACUUCUGUAAUGAGGGUUCUCGGUGGGAAUCCCGGGGUGUCUACUUUGCAAGGGACAAACACCUACAUCAUCUCUCCACCCAACCUCCAACGAGAUCCGCAAUUCCUUCUCAUCGAUACAGGCCAGGGUUCCGCUUGCCCCAUCUGGCGCCGCUCUAUCGCACAGGUUCUGGCAUCAGAAUCCGCUCGCAUAGGAAAACAGGUACACAUAACGCAGUGUGUAUUGACCCAUUGGCACUAUGAUCAUGUUGGUGGUGUCAACGAGCUGCGACAGCUAUGUGCUGAAGAACACGCAUCCGCUGGAAAUGCUGAAAGCGGAAAGGAAAAGAAAAGAGGGGAAGAAUUGAGGAUCUAUAAAUACCCUCUCUCCUCUGCUCCUCCCUCAGAGAUAUAUUCAAGCAAAGACCCCUGUCUGGAUAUCGAAACCCAACUUCUUCGCUCUGCAAAUGACGAUCAGGACAUCGGUCUCAUAUAUCCCCUCCACGACGGACAGAUCCUCGAAGUCGGCGAUUCAACCGCCACAGACGAUGAAAUGUUGAAGCUACAAGUCCUCUAUACACCAGGGCACACGGCCGACCAUAUCGCUCUCCUAAUUGUCUCAUCACCCACCGAUCCAGCUGAGGUAGGCACGAUCUUCACUGGGGACGCGGUGUUGGGACAUGGGACGACUGUUUUUGAGGAUUUGGCCCUGUAUAUGCGGAAUCUGGAGAAGAUGAAGAACGCUGUUGAGAAGAUACUAGUGGAGGAAGGGGGUAGCAGGUGUGAAGGGGGUGAUGGGCAGGUCGAACAGGAGAAGAGGAAGGUACUAGCGUUUCCGGGACACGGGGCUGUGAUACCCGAUGCGAGGGCAAAGAUCGAGGAGUAUAUACGCCAUCGGGCGAUGAGGGAGAAGGAGGUUUCGGAUGUCUUGGCUGGUCAGGAUGGAAAAGUUGGAAGUGAGCGUAAGGCAUGGACGCCCAUGGAGGUCGUGAAGGUGAUCUACAAAAACGUGCCGGAGUCUUUACACGAGGCGGCCAGUAGGGGUAUGCUGCAAAUCUUGCAGAAACUGGAAGGGGAGGGAAAGGUUGAGAAAGUGGAUGAGGGAGUCAGAUGGAGGAUCAUCCAGAAAUACCACCAGCAAGAACAAACAACCAACGACAACAGUGCCCCAGAACCGAGGUCUGCGCUAUGA